AAACCUCAUAGUAUAUAUAUAUAUAUAGAAAGAGUUGUGUGUGAAGGUUGCAGAAAUCCGGCGAGCUGUUUCGACUGGUUUGAGCAGCUGUAGAGGCAAAACAUGGGCAAGAAACUCAAUUAUCUGCUCCACAGAAGCUCAAAGACUGAAAAGUUGAAGACGCUGACAAGUCUCGCCAUCUCUAGGAUCUCCAUUCUCAAGAACAUUUACAGUGUGAGGUGCUCCCAAGCACAGUCCGACGUAGUCCAGCUACUGCAGCUAGGCCGGCAAGAACAUGCCCUCCUCCGUGUUGAGCAUGUGAUCAAGGAAGAACAUAUGUUGGAUGCUUUUGUUCUGGUAGGAAACUACUGCCAUAUCCUGGGAGAAAGGACUGAGAUGAUCAAGAACAGCAGGGAAUGUCCUGAUGAGCUCAAGGAGGUAAUAUCAAGCUUGAUCUUUGCAGCUUCAAGAUGCGGAGAGUUCCCAGAGCUGCAAGAGAUUCGUGCUUUUUUCACAUCCAAAUUUGGAAAAGAUUUUGCUAUGAGUGCCGUGGAAUUAAGAAACAACUGCGGAGUGUCUCCUAAGAUUAUACAAAGACUCUCGACACGGCAAGCAAGCUUGGAAAGCAGAUGGAAUUUGCUAAAGCAACUUGCUAAACAUAAUGGGAUCACUCUCCAACUAGACCAUGCAGCUUUCAUACCCUCCGAAAAGGAAGAGAGCGAGGUUGAACAGUUGCAGAUGCAUGCAUCAAACAGAAGCCACGCCUUCAAUGGCCGUAAAACUGAGAUCACUCCCCUACACAAGGAUUGGCAUGAAGCAACUAUAGGCCGUGAGACAUGUCCAGAGUCGGUAAAGGGAAGGCAGGCUUACAGAGACGUCGCUGCUGCAGCUGAAGAUGCAUUUGAAUCAGCGGCUUAUGCUGCUGCUGCAGCAAGAGCGGCGGUAAAGCUAUCUAAACUUGAAUCAUGGAACGAUGAUUCAGAUGAUGACAGUGGUUUCCAUCUUCAGCAGAGUGAUUGUGCAUGGGAGUGAUGAUGGAAUUAGGAAAAAGAAGGAAAUAAUAGACGCUUAUGUAGAAUUUCCAUCUGUAGUAUUAGAACAAAUAAAGGAGC